AUGCCCCCCUUCCCAUCUCCUACUAAGACCUGGCACUCCAAGGCAUACCCAUCGAUCUCGCCUGCUCGACCCGAGCUCAGCCAGAAAGGCAAGACCGUCCUUAUCACUGGUGGUGGUACUGGUAUUGGUGCUGGAACGGCACACGCCUUCGCAGAAGCGGGCGCUGCUCGCAUCGCCCUGCUUGGCCGCCGCGAACAGCCCCUCCUCGAUACCAAAGCCUCCAUCCAGAAGCAAUACCCCAGCGUUGAGGUUUUCACGGCCUCCGUUGACGUCACCAAAACGGACGAGGUCAACGCUGCCUUCGAAGCUUUCGUACCGUUGGAUUCAGGGAAGAAGAUCAACGUUGUUGUCAGUAAUGCGGGAACUACAGGACCAAUGGGCGGCUUUCUCGCAGUGAGCGACCAAGAUUAUCUUGACGGUAUUGCGUCGAACGUCUCUAUGGCUUGGAACGUCGCGAGGGCUUUCGUCCCACGAGCUGCACCGGAUGCGACGGCCAUCGAUAUAAACUCGAACGCGGCUCACGUAACUUACGGCGAUGCCUUCGCAUCUUACAGUGUGGCGAAGUGGGCCAAUGUCCGACUUUGGCAGCUAGUCCAAUUCAACAAUCCAGGGUUCAGUGUCUAUUCAAUUCAACCAGGUGUCGUCGAUACGGACAUGAACAGACUCGCUGGAGGCAUCAAGGCUAUGAAUUAUGAGGAUCAUGUCUCCCUUCCUGCGAGCUUCAACGUUUGGCUCGCGAGCCCGGAAUCCGAUUUUCUAAAGGGGAAAUUCUUGUGGACGAACUGGGACGUCGAUGAGCUCAAAGAGCAGGCCGAUGAGAUCGAGAAGACGCACAAGUACAGUGUGGAGAUGGUCGGCUAUCCAUUUGGGGGCGGAAAUGUUCCCGAGACUGCUUGGUCUUGA